AUGACGACGCUAAGGAAACAGAUCCCCAAAUUUGAGUCCGAAGACGAAGAGCGCGAGUUCUGGGCAACCCAUGACUCCACCGACUACAUUGACUGGAGCGAGGCGAAGCGAGUGGGAAUGCCCAAUCUCAAGCCGUCCAGUUCCAGCCCUCCAGAUAAGACUGUAUCCAUCACUUUGCCGCAGUCGGUGAUAGAUGACUUGAAAGUGCUGGCGCACAAACGAGAUAUUCCCUAUGAGUCGCUGCUCAAAAUCUAUCUGGCAGAAAGAGUCGAACAGGAGAUGCGCUCGUAG